UCUGAAAAAAAAAAAAACACACAUCCAAAAUAAUAAAGACAGAGAUAGAGAUAGACAGAAAAAAAUUCUUGUUGGCUGUGUUGAACGGUGGUGAAUGAUUGAGUGAAUAUUGUUACUAUAUAUAUUAUAUCGAUAGUCAAGUGACGGAUCAAGUGACGGAUCAAGUGACGGACCUCUCAAACUCGUUUAGUGACAAUUGCCAAAAGCAAAAAAGAAUGGAAUAAUUGAUGUUUGUAUUGUGAUGGAUGGUGAUGAUGGAGUGAGAAACAAUGCCACACAGUUGAUGCCCUUUAACGGAUUUGACAGCUCUGGGCUUUUGGAAUAGCCAAUAAUUUUAACCUCCAAAGUGUCUUUUGAUGCGAUGAUGACGCCCAGUUAUCGAUAAUUCAUUAUUUUUAUGGAGAUAAUGGCGCAUCUAGAUUUGAUAUUCAGCUCGAAGCAGUACGUUGGCCCCGAAAGCCUCGCCGAUUUGUGUUUUAGAGCAAUCUGCGAUAAUCUUGAUAUCAUAUCGACCAGAGGCAGGAGGGGCUACAGAACCCUCAAUAAGGGACUGGUUUUUCCCAGCGAAAUAUGCGAUAAACUCGUUGAGUUCGCUCAGAAAAAUGAUAAAAUCGAGGUGGAUGAUCGGUUUUUUCAUAUAUUCCAAGAUGUUGUGGCAACUAGACUUAGGCGAGUGAGUAUUUGCCACAGUGCUAUCACAGACACAUCAAUUGCAGCUAUUACCAAGCAUCAGGUCACCCAUCUUGCCUUUGAGGAUUGUGGACUAAUUUCCAAGCUCGGUAUUGAGGACAUCAAUGCAAACGCUAAGAAUCUUCAGAGCCUGGCAUUCAGGGGAUGUCCCAGACUUGCACUUGUCGAUUUGACAAUUUAUUUAGAUUCGGCUUUGGACUACGUAAAAAGAGGCUACGUAUUUCGCGCUCCAAACCUCAAACACUUUGCGUUUGAACACGUGGAAAUAGCUCCAGCACAGUACACACUCCUUCUGGGAAGUUUGACCAAUCUCACCCAUCUCGAUUUAUCAAAUGCUACCAAGAUUGGGAGCUUGGAGUUUCACACUGUAGUCCCCCAUUUGGUGUCUCUUUGUCUCUAUAACGUGAGGAUUAUUGAUUUUAAGGCUUUCGUGGAGAAUGUUAUAAAACUCAAGGGACUAAGACACCUAGAUCUGUCACAAUCAAACAACAAACAGGGUUCUUACAAAAAUCCUAAUCAGGUGCUGUCGAAGCUAGUGUCCGGUCUGCCAAACUUAGUGUCCCUCGAUAUAGGUGGUACAAAUUUAGCAGGACGAGGGGUAGCAGAGCGUUCAGUGGAUGAUGAAAAUGUAGAAUAUGGUCUGUGCGAUAUUCAGGGGCUCGCCUGUCGAGUUAACAAUCCCCUACAAUUUUUGGGUCUCUAUGGGACUCGGGAGGGUGCCUGCAGGAGACACGACAUCCCCGCCAAAGUGAUAGCAGGGGAUGCUAACGAUGAGCAGAUUUUAAUAGCUGCUCGUGUAAGCAUGAAUCACAAGCCCGAAUUAUUGCAGAAAGUGCUCAACGAUCUCUAUCAUGUCUUCAGAUAUGAGAGCUGCGAACGCAUGGAUCAGGCUCUAUGCAUCGUACUCGAGGCCAUGGAGAAACAUAUUGCUGAGAAGCAUAUACAAAUUUCAGGAAGUGCAACAUUAUUUUACAUCGUAAAGACAAAGGAAAAAAGUGAGCUUGUUGGACAGAUAAAGAGACGAAUAAUUGGAACACUACUCGCUGGUAUGAUUGCCCACAGAGAUGAGGAGACGAUGAUGCGUAACGGUUGCUUGGCACUCUGUCAAUUUCGAAUACCCCAGGACGUUAUGUGGAACUAUGAAGCUCUCGUCAAGGUCCUCCUGUAUUCAGCGAGACACGCAGAGUCCGAGAGUUUUGUUCAACGCAUCGGAAUUUAUCUCUUGAAUUCACUAGCUUGCCAGGUAGAGGGAAAGAAAAAGAGACUCCUAGGGCGACUUGGUUGUGUCGGGACAAUGCUAAGGCUCGUCCAGUACAGAGUCGACUGCAGUAUAUUCGAUGAUGUUCUGGAAGUGGCGUGGUCUACAAUGUGGAAUAUGACGGAUGAGACACCCAUCAAUUGUCAGAGAUUUCUCGACGAGACGGGGAUGAAUCUCUUUUUAAGAUGCGUUAGGCAAUAUCCACAAAAAGAAGAAUUACUGAGAAAUAUGAUGGGGCUCCUUGGAAAUGUCGCUGAAGUUGCCUGUCUUCGUCCCCAACUAAUGCAACAAGAUUAUGUAUCAGUUUUUGCUAAUUUAUUAAAGUACGAUAGUGACGGUAUCGAGGUGUCAUACAAUGCAACGGGUAUUCUUGCCCACAUGGCAUCGGAUGGAGCAGCAGCUUGGACUGUUGAAGCACCCACGAGAGAGGAAGUUCUAGAAGCGAUGGUAGAAGCGAUCGAACGGUGGGAUCUAGCAGCUCAACGUAACAUAAAUUACCGAUCGUUUUUACCUUUGUUAAGGCUUCUGGAUGUUUAUCAUACACCGCAGUGCCAGCACUGGGCUGUGUGGGCAUUAGCAAAUCUCACUCAAGUUUAUCCAACGAAAUACUGUUCACUUGUCGAAGCUGAAGGUGGUAUAGAGAAGCUCAACAAUUUACUGACUGAUAGUAGACCAUAUUUUAGCAUAAAAACACUUGCAAUGUCCGUGAUCUUAAAUUGUAGUCCAGAGACCAUCCAGUCAUCAUCCGACACUGAUGAUAGUUAAGAUGGUUAGGAUAUUUUUUAACUCACCAACUGGCGAUAUAUCCAUGAUGAUGAUUUUGAUGCAGUGCUGCACUUUACUUUAUUAAUUUUUUUCCUCCAACAAAUUAUUACAUCGUUGAGUUGAUUCAUAGAACUGUAUAACAGUAAUAAUAAUAAUAAUAAUAAUAAUAAUAACAAUAAUAAUAAUAAUAAUAAUAAUAAUAAUAAUAAUAAUAAUAAUUUUUCAAGUAGAGCUUAUGCUCAACUUAGAAAUUUUCUGUCCACUGUAAAUAUUGUUUGAAAUUGAAACGAAUGAAAUAUCCAGGGCGGACAAAUGGAAAGAUUGAGUAAGAACAGGCAACGCUAACCAAUUUAUUACAGAUAUUACAAUUAUAAUUGUAGCCCAGUGGUAUCAUCUUUUGAAGAUAGAUAGAUUUCCAAAAAGUCUAUCCUGCAAUAUAUUUCACUACCGUUUUCAUUCACACAACUUUUUCAUUAUUAUUAUUACAAUCUAUAAAAUAAAAAAAAAAUUGCAAUCAAUUAUAGCCAUUUAGAUCGAAAUAAAAUUGUAAUAUUGGUUUGGCCCGAGUGGAUGGGAAAGAAUCAAUCGUUUAGCUUUAAAUUUAGAAGAUUAAUAAUUGUUAUUGCAAGAUCGUUGUAACUUAUUCUUACGACUGUUUAAUAUUGUUAAGUGAGGUGGAAAAAGCGCAGCUAAUAUAACUGAUGAUGCAAAAUUAUAUGGAAUAUUUUAAUUUCAAUUGAAAUGUCAAGUGAUGAAGGAAAUGAAAAUUGAUGAUGAAUUGUAAAUAGAAAACAUUGCCGGGCAGAUGAAUAAAGUGUUGCUUUAGGUUUGUA